AUGACGGCAGAAACGAUACCCAUCGAAAAUGGACAACAAGUCGGCGUUCUGGUGACUUCUUCAAUCUCCAUCCUAAUAGUCAUAGUCGCUGUGGGUCUGCGGAUCGUCGCCAAAAAGAUCGGGAACAGGAUUGAUUAUAGUGACUACUGUAUUGUCGCCGCCGCACUAUGGAAUACUGUAAUGCACGCGUGCUGCAUCUCACUAGUCACAUAUGGCGGUUUUGGAUUCCACACAACAGAGAUCUAUCACCGUUUCGGACCUGAGACGGCAACCUUCUUCUUCAAGGGAAUAAUGUCCUUCUCGAUACUUUGGAAUGCCACCGUGUGUUUCAGCAAACUAUCGAUUUUAUCCAUGUAUGCUGCACUCAUACCGAUGUCAUCUAUGUUGCAGUGGGCACGCACUCUCGGCGCUCUGGUUGUAAUGUGGAACAUCGCCAACAUACUCGCUGCUUUUCUGAUAUGCCGACCACUUGCCAAAAACUGGAACUUCGCAUUACCGGGGACUUGCGGAAGUCAACCGUCUUUUUACUUCUCAAUGGGGAUCGUCAAUCUCAUCACAGAUGCUGUGAUCAUCGCAUUGCCCAUGCCAUAUCUGUACAAAUUACGGAUAGCCUGGCGCAGGAAGCUAGCCGUUAUGGCUUUACUCAGCAUUGGAGUCGGAACCUGGGCCAUCACCAUAUACCGACAAACAUUGCUACCCAAUCUAGACUUCACGGAUAUGACGUACGAAGGUGUGCUCGCCACAAUACUUUCUGGACUGGAGCCUGCUGUCGCAAUCGUUCUGGCGUGCAUUCCGCUCAUGCGUCCUUUGUUCAGCAAGACAAGGAACGCCGCCAACUCCAGCUUUUCUUACGGAAGUAGCACGCACAUCAGUCUUUUCUCGAAGAAAGGAGGCAGAGCACCUGAUAUUGACCCGACCGCCACGUUCUCGGAACUGAUGGAUGACAAGGACGCUUCUUCACAAAUCGAGCUACAGCCUAUCAAGGCUUCGCAAAUAGUUCGUGUCUCAUCUGCAUGCGGUCAUCACAAACAAGUACCAGCCAACUCAAAUUAUGCCAUCACGAUCGAGAGAAGAUGGGAAGGGGUCGCCGAAAAGUCUGUUAGCCGCGAACAGCUUGAUAUCAUUCCUGAGGAAGCCAUCGGCGUUGAAUCGUAUUACUGGAGUGCUAGACACAGCCGGGCUCUGGGCUCGAUAUAUGAGCCGUUGCAAGCCACUUUCACGGCUUGGGCCGGCCUUGAGUUUCCGCUCCGCGACGAUAUCCGCUGUUUUGGUAAAUUCAGAUUAUUGGAUAGUCGUGAGGAGCACCCAGGUGUACUGCAAGAAUUCUCUGACCGAGACAUGGAAUUCGACUUGGAUAGACAAGAUACCUACCUAGGUACAGGACAACCAGAUCCACAAUACGGCUACAUUGUUGUUUUACAACAAUGUGUUCACGGCCAGCAUUCUAAAGCAGAUCAUAAGACCGGAACCUUCGAGAGCCAGGGAGGAGAGAUAAAUGACAAGGAAGAAAAACCCGAUGACAAAGAAUUCGUUGAGGUUACCGAAAAUCCACAGAUAAAUCCACAGAUAUCAUGGGUGGAGUCUGACAGUGCAGAAGCACUCUUUCUCCAAACAAAAAAUGAUACAACUCUACAACAAUUCCCCACCGAAGCCAAACAACUUCCCAACGCCAACAUGCAGCUCACCACCAUCCUCUCUAUCGCUAUCCUCGCCCUCGGUGCUGCUUCUCAGAAGACUGGACCUAACGGCAAGCGAAUCUGCGCUGGAGGUGCCAUCUCUUGCGAGUAUCAAAAGGGUCGUUGCGCCAACAUCUGUGGCGACUCUCAUGCAGACGGCUCUGGCACCCCUGCUUUCAUCGACCCCUCUUGCUCCUGCCCUGAGGGCCAGGCCGACAACUUGUACACUGGUGCUGCCUGUAUCGAUGUUUUCCGAGCUCUUGGCCGUCAAGGCUGCUAA